UUAGGAUGCUCUGCAAUAUACCAUCUGUAAGGUUCAAAUUUAUGUCGCUAGAAUUAUCAGAGAAAGAAAUAUAAAGUACCCUCCAAAUCUUCAGGAGCAUCGACAUUUUCUUUAUUCAAUGAUCUUCAUUCAACCUAACAACCAUCAAAAUAAAAAGAAUGUGAGGCACAUAAUCUUCAAAAUCCAAGUUUAAUGAAUGGAAAAAAAAACUCAGGAAGACAGAAAAUGUCAAACACUCACUGGCUUCUUCUUCUUUUACUUCUUGGCUCCCGUGAAUGAACUGUCAAAGCCAUCAUUAUUUGCAGGAAAAAAGAUUAAACAAAGCAACUGAUGAAAAGAAACAAAUAUGUUUCACAGCACAUAAACUCUUCUUGAACAAUCAGGCACCAGAUAGUAUGUCUCCCGUGUGACUCAGCUGAGUCCUCAAUGGCAUCCUGAACGACAAAUGUCUUUUUCUUCUUCUUGGUUAGAUCAAAGGGUGCAAGCCAAGGAUGACCAAAGAAAAUUAAAACCACACAAUCAUGAUUUAUCUGGCAAAAUAAAAGAACCGAUGAUGAAUUUAUUAAAGAUGGGGAGAUGUAGAGACUAAAGAAGAAAAACUGAUUCACGAAACUCAAAGAGUCAAUCUGUGUUUUUUGGAUGAGUCAUGAACCGAUGAUUAAAAAUUGAAAACCCUAAACUUCCAUUGAAGAGAACGCUUACAGACCAAAGAGGUUUAUUGAGUUUUUUUUUUAACGAAUCCCAUUUCAAAACGUGAGUUAUAAAGUAUUUAUUAAAUCAUUAGAUAAAAUAAAUAAAUGUGGGUCCCACAGAAAAAACCGAAGAAGCAAAGGUUUCCGGCCUUCAUAAAUAUAUAUUUGUUUCAGCCAUCAAUGUACGAAGAAUCCUUUAGCUCAGUGGUAUAAAUGUUGUUGUUUAUAUCUCAAACCUGGGUUCGAGUCACGGACAUGACACUUUUUUCACACUUUUUAAAAGUGGGACCCACAUAUCGCUGACGUGUCGCAUCAGGAGUGAUGCAACUGCCCUAUUAUAAUGUAGAUUCAAAAAAAUCAAUUAUUACCAAAAAAAUUGCAUAUAGAUCUGUAAAAUCUUCGUAAUUAGUCUUGAAUCUUAGAUAGUCACAUUUUUAUAAUAAAAUAUUGCAUGUCUAUUUUAGAGUCUUUUGUGGUUAAAUAGCUAUAAACCACACAUUGUAGAAAUGUAGAUCUACGAUUAGCCACAAAGCAAUUGUGUGAAUAUGUACAUACAAUGUAAUUUGUGGUUAUUCGAAUAUACUAAAACUUCGGACUGGUUACAAAACAGUUGUAAAAAUGAUAGUCCAGCAUUAGCUAUAAUAUCAUUAUUAUUAUUGUCGAAAAGACACACUAUAAUAUUAUUCCAGAAUCAUUUUAUAAAUGUAAACUAGUUUAGAACCCGUGCUAAACACGGAUCAUGUUUCAUUUUUUAUUUAUAAAAGUAAUAUCAAAAUAGUAAUUAAAAAAAUUGAGAUAAUAAUAUUGUGUUAAUUUGGCUUUUUAUGAUGCUUAUUUGAGUUCUGCAAAAAUUAAUUAUAUUCUAAUACUCAUGCUUGGUUAAUACCCAAAAUAAUUUUUAUAUUAUAACUCUAAUAAUAUAGUAAAAAGUCAAUUUGCUGUGUAUACCAUCAUGUGAGGUAGUAUUAACUAAAUACCCUCACGCACCUUAAAUCUCAUUUUUCUGUAGCAUUUUUGUUGUAUUCUUUCCAUAAUGUCCUUUCCUCUACGAUCUCAUCAGAUUUGGCCACAUAAAUUAUAGCUUCUUAUUCAUUUUAUAGGUUUGCCAGCACAUUGAUUUAAACCAAAAAAAUUUAUAUUUUUAAUAGUUUUUUCUUUUUCUCCUUAUCCUAUUUUCAUUAUCGUCAAUGUUUACCGUCUCUUUCUUUUGCCUCCUCAACUCUUCAUCAACAAUCAACAUGUUUUUAGUUGUUCCUCUCUCUGUCUACUUAUUGAUAAUUCUUCUCUAGUGACCAUUUUCUUAUUUGAGAACCACAAAAUUAUGGUGAGAGUGAAUCUUUGGGAUGCUAGAAGGUGGCAGCGAAAGUUUGAGUCUAAGCAGGUUUGCUUCUGAUCUUUCUUUAGUUACAUGUUUGCUUCUGAUCCUUCCGUGUUCUUUCAGAUGGUGAGAGUGAAUCUUGAGAUUCAAAAGAAGAGGAACACAUAAGUAAAGACAAUCGUGAAGGUUGCAUAGUAUAUAUUCUAAUAUAUUUUAGAAGAUACAUGUAAUGUUAGCAGAUAACAAUAUUCUUAUAAUGUAUAUGUCAACAAAGUAAACUUCAAGAUAAAUUAAUUUCAAUGGUGUAAUGGUAUUUAAAAGGGUUAUUAACGAAUAAUAAAUAUCUUAGAGCAUACACAUAAUUAUUUCGUGUAUAACAUAUACCUUAGAAGAUACAAGUAAUGUUAGUAGAUAUCAAUAUUCUUAUAAUGUAUAUGUUACCAAAGUAAACUGCAAGAUAGAUUAAUUUCGAUGGUGUAAUGGUAUUUAAAAGGGUUAUUAACGAAUAAUAAACGGGGGAUUUGCUAAAUAUGACUCACAACUUGAUUUUAAACACAAACCUAUACCCAAACUUGAAUCAAAUGCAAAACUAACCUAAAAGUCUUGUGAAAUUUCAGUCAGCCCCUUGUGACCAAACAAAAAAACAGAAGUCAUUUUUACGAAUAUAGCCCCAUUAAGUCGUCUGAGUCGUCUGAGAUUCUAGAAGUCUUCUAGACGACUUCAAAGUAAGUCUUCUGGUGUAGCUGAUCUUAAAAAUAAUUUAUAAAUGUUUUAAAAAAUAUUUUGAUAAGCGAAAAAUUAAAAUCAUGUAAUUAUAAACAGUUUUAAGUGAUAUAAAUUAAAAUAUAACAAAAUUGAAUUGUUUUCAACAUAGAUGAGUGUAGGUAGUGAAUUAUGGUAUUCUUUGGUCUAGGCUUUGGCAACAUAUGUUGUAAUAUUGUAUGUAUUCUUAGGGUUAGAUUUUGGAAAAGUUGAAUGUUUUUUUGAAAAAUUAAAAUUUUACCUAUAAGUGUUUAUUUUUGUGUAUAGUAAACACUUUUGAAGUUUAAUUUGAUUUUAUGAAGUGUUUAGUUAGUUAAUUAAGUUUAGGGGUUAUGUUUAGGGUCUAGACGACUUCCAUAGAAGUUGUCUGGUGAAUAAUUUUAGAUGGACGACUUACAGGGACCGAAUCCUUUAUUUUACCAAUGUACUUUUAAACCUAACCGGAUCAUUUACCGGACAUAUAAAUACCAUUUUUUCACUUUUUCACAACUUUCCAAAACCCUAGCACCGUUUCUCUCCAGAGGUGAUUUCGAAGGCGAUUAUUUUCUCACAUUUCUCACCACCGGUAAUCUCGCGUAUUCCGUCGUUCUCACCGCCGAUCUGAAACUGCGUCUCGUUGAACUCCGCCGCCGGCCGGAAAAUGGAUUUACCAUCACUCCCGUAGCAGAUGUAUACAUUAGGGGAAGAGCCCCCUGCACUGAAGAGCAUUUCUUAACACAUUGAUGACUCGAAGCUAUUUACUGCACUAAGGCGAGCUCUAAACGCUGACAAAUAUGAGGAGCUGAAGGAGUCAAAGUUGGGAGUGUUCAUCAAGUUCAAGGAGCUGAAUUUUGGCUGGGCUUUAAGGCUGGUUCAUUAUAUGCUCAGUUUCCAGCUUAACAUCAAGAAGAAGUUUGAGCUCUGGAGUCUCGUUGGUCCACAACCGGUGAGGUUUUCACUGUUGGAGUUUGAACACCUCACUGGUCUGAACUGCGAUUACAUCGAGGACCUGGAAAAUCCAAGGGUUGAGGUUACGAAGGAGAUGGCUGCUUUCUGGGAGAUGAUGGGUGUUGAUGUCGAUGAUGGGCCAACUACUGAGCACAUAAAAGCAGCAUUUGGGAGAUGCGAGGAGUGGUCUCGGGAAGAUCGCAUGCGGCUCGGUUACCUUGCCAUCUUCACUGGAUUCAUUGAAGGGAGAAAGUACUCAACCGCUACAUGGGCUAGUCUUGCAAGGCUAGUGAUGGAUUUAGAAAGAUUUGAGAAUUAUCCUUGGGGGAGAGUGGCGUUUAAGGUGCUGAUGGAGUCUGUGAAGGGUGUAAAUUUGGAUUCAAAUUCAUACACUGUUGAUGGGUUUGUCCAAGUUCUCCAGGUGUGGGCGUACUUUGCUCUGCCAGAAUUUGGUGCUAAUUUCGGGCAUCCCCUACCAGACAGACCGUCUCCACUGUUGUUGGCUUACAAUGGUGGCAGAGAACGCAUAUUUUUUAAAGAGGCCAUUAGCAAACAGACUAGCGUGAUCAACUUCGUCCACAAGGACUAUGCUGAGAUGUUUCCACGAUGGGACUUUGAUGUGGAGGACCCGGCCGCGGAGAAUAUAAUUAAAGUAAUGUUUAAUGCGAAAGCUAAUUGGAAGUGGACCAUGGAUUGCUGGGAAGUCACCGGUACUAACCCGAGAGUGAAGAAGGAAGUGAGUGCAGCGGAGAUAGAGAGUGGUGUGAAGGAAGAAAGUGCAAGACCUCGGAAGAAAGCUCGUAAAGAGGCUUUUGUUGAGGCUAGUAAAGUGCCUUCUGCAGGGUUUUCAAAGUCAGAUGCUUCUACGUCUGUUGGUGGGAUGACCAAGGAGCAGAUUGAAAAAAGCUUCAAGGACAUAGCUGAUGUCAUGAGGGAUGGGUUUGGGAUGUGCCUGAAGGAGAUCAAGUUGCUGGGGGAUAGGAUAGAAGCUGUGGAGAAGAAGGUGGGAAUCACCAAAAAAGGGACUGCAUCUAAUGAACUUCAAAUCACAACUUCAAAUCCGGAAAAGCGUGGGCACGAACCAGGGGUUAGUACCAAAACCUCUCCCAAAAUCACAGAGAAGAGAAUGACUAGGCAAAGUGUUAGGUCUAAGGAAUGAUGUGCUUUGUUUCUUGUGUAUGCUUGGACGAAUCAUUGAAUGUCGGAACAUGUGUGUUUGUUUCUAGUGUGCUUUGAUCAUUGCUUAUGUAUGGAUAUUUUUUGAUGUGUGAUUUGGAUAUUUGGUUAAUAUUUUAUAAACACAUUUUGUA